AUGAAGAAAUGCGGAGUCACUUUAAUAGGAUUUUUAGUCAUCAAAGUAAUAGCUGAUGCUAUAAUAGUUGAAACAAACAUUCCAGAACCUAAUGAACUAGAAGCAGCCAAGUAAAAUCCAGUACUGCUCAUAUCACUUCCUCCUGCUGACAAAGAGGAAAAUACAUCUGGUGCUCCAUUACCUAAAGCUAGGAGUGUCACUCCGUAAUUGAGUUAAAUAGUCUAAUAAAGAAUGUAAUUAGUAUUAAAAGAUAUCGCUAAACUCUGUGACAUUCUCAGUCCUUUAGAUAUUUAUUCUAGUAAUGGUGAUAAAUAGCUAUCUGCUGUAGAUCCAAGUACAUAAAAACAUAAAUACACAAAGAAAAGCUACAAAGAUCAAUUAAUGAGAAGUUCAAUUUACUCCUAGGGGUAUAAAUAGAAUGCUUUAGUCAAAACCGCAAUAAUACAUCUUAAUAAAGCUGAUUGGUGA